CCUGUUUCCUUUUCCUGGCGCCCUUCCCCUGCCUGGUUCACUGGCCCCCCGGGGAGGGGGAGGGAGGGUGGCUGGCUGCUUUGGGGAGAGCUGCACGGGCCCCACUAAAUCUCCUUCUCUUCUCUCCCUUUGCUUGCUGCUUCUGAUGAACGGGAUUCAGAGAAAACCCAGCAGCAUGUGGCCCUGCAGCCCUGGGCUGAUGGCAGCGAGUCCCUCCAAAGCGAAGCCCAGCGGUUCCUUGCGUACAUCAGCACCCCCCAGCUGCCUUGCUCCAGAGCUCUGAGUCGAGUGGGGGUCCAGACGUUCGCAGCCAGCCCUGCCGGGGCGUGGGGCGUGUGCCUAGAUCACAUGCCUGCUGCUUGGCUGAAGCUGCCGCAGGAGAAGUGCCUGGUUUAUACCUUCAGCAUGGUCAAAAGGAGCCUCGAGUUCAGCCAGCGGAUGAGCGAAAUGAGGUGCCAGGUGCACAGCUUUGGCCAGACCCCCUACACGCAGACAGACUGGCAUAAAGGACAGGUGCAGCAUCAUCCGUUGUGGCUGGACUGGCACGAGCAACGCCCAGCUGCCUCCUCGCAGAGAUGGAGGAGCCCUUCCAAGAGGUUAAAUCAGAUUAUGCGGGAUUUUGGCCACAAGAAGAUCGACGUGUUGGAGGCGGACUGGGCCAGUGCCGAGUGGAAGAUUUUGGAGAGCAUCCUUGUGGACGGCACCGUGGCCACAGUGCACCAGCUGAUCCUCGCCCUCCACCUCCACUGGCCCGGCUUUGAGGUCAGCGGGAGCGAGGCAGCUGUGGUGCGGUACUGGUACAGCCUGCUGAAGGCACUGGAGGAGAGAGGGUUCCGGCUGUUCCAUAGCUUCAAGGACCUGCGCAAGCCGCAGCUCUUCCUGCAUAAACCACUUUUCAAUGCCAGCAGCUCCUACACCCUGAGCUGGGUCAACACCUACUGGAGGUACUGACAGGGGGCAUGCAGGGUUGAGUGAAUGGGCCUUUGGGAGGGUAGGGCUGGGUGUUUUCAAACCUGGCUCCUGGCCGAGCUUGGAGUGGGGGUGCUUGGUAGGUCCCAACUCCUGGCGGUAUUUGUAUUCCUGGUGCCUCGGGAUGGGGAAUGCAGCCAAGUGAGGGCUGAAGAACCCAGAAAGCGCUAAGGGAGGCCCAAAGCCGGUGACUCUAAGGCUGCUCAGAUGGAUGCUGUAACAGGGACAAAAAACCACUCCCGGAGACUCAAAGGCGCCGACGAACCAAAUACCUCGUCCCACAGGCCCAACUACUGCUCUGGCUGGGAGCACUCGCAAGAACCGGCGUGUCCGGCUCAUGUCUCCCUGAUGAAGCAAGGAGCGUGUUGGGUCCUGGCAGCGCAGAUAAUAAGAAGCUGAGCUGAUGCCUCAUGGGAGGAGGUAGAGCAAUGCUUCCGGCUGCUGUUUUCAUUAUCUCCCUGCACCCUUCCCGCUCCCUGAAGCCUCAGGAAAGGCCGCAGCCGGCCCAGGAAGGAAGGGAGAUGAGGUGCCAAUGCUCUGUUGUUGGGGGAGCCGUUCUAACCUGGAGGCAUGGAGCGCACUUGCCAACUGGAAGCAAAAGGCAGGGAAUCGGCAACUGUUGCCGGGACCGGCAGCCUGUCUGCCUGAUGCUGCUCAGAUCAGCUGGGAUAUUCAGAAUAAAGAAUAAAGGCAUCGGUGCCCGAUUCACAUUCGGAUUCAGUUGGACCUGAGCACCUCUCUCCUGACAGCGCCUUCCGUACUUGCAGCAGAGUGACACAGUGCUUCUGGCCCCGUGGGCCCUGCUUCGCCCACGUGCUGUCCCCAAAGCUGAGCUGGAGAACCCAGGAGAGCUGGCUCUCUCCUGAGACAGCCGUUCCUCCUGCUGGGGUUAGGCUGUCCUGAUGGCAUUGCCCAUCUCCAGAGCCAGGGAGUGCACAUUUGUA